CCAAACAUAUGAUUAAAAUAACAAGAAAAAAAAUCAAAUUCAAAUUAACGACAGUAGUACAGAGCACACAUUACAUUAACUUUAUUUUGCACGAGUGAACAUGUUUCAAAAUAUUGAACUUGAUUCAGUUAGAAUGCAAGAUCUGGAUGCACUUCCCCUCCUUGCGUAUCCUAAUGAGUCACAUAUCGCACAACAGAAACUAUUAACUUCUAUCCGGCAGAUGUUUCGUUUUUUUCGUGUAUCUGAUUAUCCACUGUGUGCAUAUAUUAUUCCAAAUCAAAACGAACACAUGACUGAAUAUCUCGCAGAAUGCGAUAAGCGGUUGGAAUAUAUAAGUGGUUUUUCUGGCAACGUGGGAACCGGUGUUAUAACUAAAAUGGAAGCUCUUCUAUGGACUGAUCUCAGGUACUUUUAUCAAGCUAAAGUAGAGCUUUUUAGAGGGUGGAAACUCAUGAAAUCAGGCUACCCUGAUGUGCCUAACGAAGUCGAAUGGCUUGGACAAAAUCUCUCACCUGGUGCUAUAGUAGGCUGCAAUCCAAAAUUAAUGCCAUAUCCCCUUUGGAACUCUUUACAAGAUGGAUUAGCAAAAUACAAGAUAAAACUUGUAGCUAUAAGUACUAAUUUUGUUGACAAUGUAUGGAUAGACCAUCCUGAACCACCGUGCAAUUUAUUAAAAACAGUACCCGAACAAAUGUCUGGAAUGACUUCUAUUGACAAAGUCUUGGAUGUUCACCUGAAGAUGCGAGAAAAUGAAGCUGAUAUGUUGAUUAUCACUGCAUUGGAUGACAUCGCAUGGUUAUUAAAUUUACGUGGAAGUGAUAUUCCUUACAAUCCUGUUUUCUUUGCUUUUGUCGCCAUUACUUUCAACAACACUUACUUAUUUUUUGAUAAGAAAAAGUCCCAUCUCAAAAUAAUGAAUCACAUAAGGAAGGAAGGUCUCGUCAAUUUGCACCCCUACAAUAAGUUUUACACUUUUGUAAAGAAAAUACUCGAAUCAGACAAAGCUGGUAUUAAAAAAGUUUGGAUCCCCAAUUCGACCAAUUACUAUCUGUACAACUUAAUUCCAAGUGAAAAAAGAAUCUGUGCCUGUAGUCCGAUCCAGAUAUUAAAAGCUGUGAAAAAUGAAGUCGAAUCACAGGGGAUGUUAAGAGCUAGCAUACGAGAUGGAAUAGCAUUAUGUCAAUUUUUCCAAUGGUUGGAAGAUGAACUAAAACAUGGGGCAGUGUCAGAAAUUGAUGCAGAAGAAAAAUUGGAAAAAUUCAGGAAGCUGGAAGAGUUUUAUGUCGGACCCAGUUUUCCAACUUCAUCUUCUUCAGGUCCACACACAGCUAUGCCACACUAUGUCGCAAACAAAAAUAGUAAUCGCAUGUUGGCAGCUGAUGAAAUGUACAUGUGUGACACCGGUGCUCACUAUGCGGAUGGGACUACCGAUGUUACUAGAACAUUUCAUUAUGGCGAGCCAACUCCAUUUCAGAAAGAAUGCUACACCCGCGUGUUCAAAGGGUUGGUGCAAUUGACAACUUGUACUUUUCCACAGAAGAUCAAAGGAAACGUUUUGGACUGUCUUGCUAGAAAAUUUCUUUGGGAUAUCGGCCUUGAUUACGGACAUGGGACAGGUCAUGGCAUCGGGUGUUUUCUCAAUGCGCACGAAGGCCCGAUGGGAAUCUCUUGGAGGCCAUAUCCUGACGAUCCUGGCCUAGACGAAAACAUGUUCCUGUCCACCGAGCCCGCUUAUUACUGUGAAGGAGAGUUUGGCAUGCGAAUUGAAAACACCGUUCAAAUUGUAGCGGCGACAACUCCUUAUAACUACCAAGAUAAAACAUUCUUAACAUUCCAAGCCGUAACAUUAUGUCCAAUUCAGACAAAAAUGCUAAUUGAAGAAUUGCUGACUGUUGACGAGUUGCUAUUUCUAAAUGCUUAUCACAGGGAUGUGCACGAUAAACUAGCUCCAAUUUUGAAAAAGCGAGGACUUCUUCAUGUCUAUGAAUGGCUUGUAAGAGAAACAGCUCCAUUCGGAACAUUGCCACCAAUGGAUGAAACAUAGAGGCAAAAUAAAUCAUUUUCAAAACAAAAAAUACAUUUGUGGUUAAACAUAAAAUUUUGAGUAUUAUUAAUUUA